CAACACUAGUUCUUCUCUGCAACAAUGUCCAAUAAAAUUGAUAUUCUUACUCUCAUCCUUCUCUUUCUCGGUCUUCCAUCAUUCAGCCAUGGUUGGGGAGUAGAUGGUCAUCUCAUCACUUGCCAAAUAGCUCAGAAUCUCUUAACUGAAUCAGCAGCAAAUGCAGUAAAACAACUCCUGCCGACCUUCGCCGACGAUGAUCUUAGUAGCUUAUGCUCUUGGGCAGACAAAGUGAAGUUCAAGUAUCCCUGGUCAUCUCCUCUUCACUACAUUGACACUCCUGAUCACCUCUGUAACUAUAAUUAUGACAGAGAUUGUAAGAAUGAGAAUGGAGAUAAAGGGAUGUGUGUUUCUGGAGCUAUAAACAACUACACCAAUCAACUUUUGGCUUAUGGAAGCUCUUUUUCUAGUGCUUAUAAUCUCACAGAAUCACUUCUUUUCCUUUCUCAUUUCAUUGGUGACAUUCAUCAGCCAUUGCAUGUGGGGUUUACAUCAGAUAAAGGAGGCAAUGCAAUUGAUGUUCAUUGGUACACAAAGAAAGAAGUUCUCCACCAUGUUUGGGAUGAUGACAUAAUUGAGACAGCAGAAGAGAGAUUUUAUAAUUCUGAUGUUGAGCAAUUUGUCAAUGCAAUUAGACAAAACAUAUCGGGAAGCUGGUCUGAUCAAGUGGAGAAAUGGCAGAAAUGCAGUUACAACAAAACAUCCUGCCCUGAUGUGUAUGCAACUGAAAGCAUCACUGCAGCAUGUCAAUGGGCUUACAGAAAUGCGACCGAAGGAUCGGUUUUAGACGAUGAUUAUUUUUUAUCCAGAUUACCAGUUGUUAAUCUUCGGUUAGCUGAAGGUGGAGUUAGAUUAGCAGCAACACUCAACAGAAUAUUCAGACAAUAGUUUAUGAAUAUAGAACCAAUGUUUGUGGGGCCAAAAUUUAGCUUUAUUCAUGCAUGUAGUGUCUCCAAGUUGCAAAAAUAUAAUUCCAAUACUUUUUUUCAA